AUGCGUACAGGUACGUACGUUCCCUCCGACCCCCGCGAGAUCCACGCCUUCGCCAUGGAGCGCCUCAACAAGAAGUGUGACGACAUGUCUAAGGAACUCGCCAGCCUCGAGGAGCAGUCCCGCAAGGGCGGCUGCAGCUACCACUCCCUGCCCAUCCAUUACCGUGAGGAGAUGAUGAGUCUCCCACUCCGUACGAGAACCGUCGCUGCAUUCGUCGUUGUGGACGACGAAGGCAGCGACCUGAUCGACUCCUUCAACUGGUGCCGUGUCUGUCGCGAUGACGCCAAGCAGGCUCUGCACGCUUCUGACAUCGAAACCGCCGAGCAGGAGCUCAACGACUGGGAAGCGAUUCAGGACGAUGUGGCGACUCAACUUGAGUCCGUGUUGGACGAUGUCUUCACGCUGACAGACAGGUACAGGGACGGCUAUUACAUGGACAACGAGCCUGACGCCGCCCAGGUCAUCGAGCUGCGCAAGGCCUGGAUCUUGACCUUGCCUGAGGUCGUCAAGGCUUUCGAGCUUAGCAUCAUCGAGACUGAGGAGCAGGCUGUUGAGAUGGCGCUCUCUGAUUGCGAGAGCAUCACCCAGCCGGCUGUCCUUGGCUUGGUCGAGGAGAUGUUUGAGAUUUAG